AUGAUAAUUAAUUAUGGAACUUUGAUCACAAUCAAUUAUUAAUAAGACCAUAUUUCCCUAUUUAGAAGAAGAGAGUUCAAAUAAAAUCUGGAGCAUCAAACAUUAGUAAUAUAAAGGAAUCUAGAAUAGAGAAUAAUUAUAAUUUGAAGAAGAAAUAUAUUAAGCUGAUAAAAGUUUAAUUAAAUUAACAAUAAAAUGUUAGAAAGAAUAAUAUGAGGAUGAGAUUUUCACUUAUUUGAUGUCUAAUAAAUCUAAGUUGCAAAUUGAUUCUGUCAUGAUGCAAAGUAUCAAUUACUUAGAUGAAUUUCAUAAGUAAAUAAAUUUAAAGAAAUGUGUUAUGAUAUCAAAUAAAAACUCAACUUAAAUUGAUAAUUAUGAAGAAAAGGAUGAGAGACAAGAUAAAGACAAUCAAAAUUCUGGUUUUUCAAAAGGAAAGACUAGAUAAAAUUAUGGAUAAUAAGAUAUAAAAUAUUAUCAAGAUUAUAAGAAUACAAGAGGUAAAGGAAGAUUUGAUAGAAAACAAGGGAAUAAUGGAAAUAGAUAAAAUAAUUUAAUGAUUGAUUAAUAAUUAGUAAUACUUUUAAAAAGGGUAAUCACUAUAAUUAUAUCAAAUGGUUCCAAAAAAUGUUACUUAGAAAACACCAAAGUUAGAAGUUUAAUAGAAUUCAAUUGA